ACUGAGAUUGAACUGUGACAACUUCCAGAGAGUUGGUUGCGCCACACACAUACACAGAGAGAGCUUUUAUAUCACGUCCCCCUUCUUUUUCUUUUUUUUAGAGUAUUUAUCACCUUUUUUUCUUACUUUCAUUAGAGCUUCUUAUUAUUUGCAUAUAAAUCACAAUCAUGGUAUUAUCAACAAUUGACAACGAUCGACAAAGGAGAAUAUCCGAUCUACUUGCCUUUGUUCAAGAAAGAAAAAAGCAAAAUGAGGAAGCAACUAGAAUAGAAACUAUAGAACAAGCUGCAAUUGAAAAAGAUCCAGCUGAGGCACCUGCCGUCAUCACAAAAAAAGUGACAACAGCACCAAGACCCAAAGCAGCAUUAGCAGAUUAUAAAUUCGAAGCAGACAAAACCGGUCCCAUUCUUGACAUGGAUCUUAAACCUGACAUUGAAAUACGUCCUUACCAGCAAGAAGCGGUCGAUGCCAUCAUUGACAGAUCGAGCGAAAACAAACAAGACCAUGUUGCUCACUCUGGUAUCAUUGUAUUGCCUUGUGGUGCAGGAAAGACCUUGACGUCUAUCCUGGUAGCCACUGCGAUUAAGAAGCCUGUGCUCGUUGUCUGUUCCACUAUUAUUGCUGCCGAACAGUUUUCUAAAGAAUUCUUAAGAUUUACAACUUUGAUGGCCUCAAAGACCGGUAUGUUUGCUGGUGCUAAAAAAUGGCCUUAUAAUGGUCCCACAGGUGUCUUGUUUACGACUUAUACCAUGCUUGUCGACAGUAAAAAUCGAACAGCUGAUUCCAAACGAAUGAGUACCUUUAUUGACAAAACUGAGUGGGGGCUUGUCAUUCUUGAUGAGGUUCACUGUGUGCCUGCGAACAAUUAUUCAAAGGCAAUUUCAAAGAUUAAGACCAAGGUCAGACUGGGUCUCACAGCUACUAUGCUGCGUGAAGAUGAAAAGAUUGGUGAUCUGGAUACUCUGGUCGGACCGACUUUAUAUCACGCCAAAUGGAAAGAACUUGCUGAUAAAGGUUAUAUUGCUAAAGUCAUCUGUACUCAAGUCGAGUCUGAUAUGAACCCUAUUACUCAGAGCGCUUACGAUUCUGUUCAGAUGGGUAACAAUCUCUUGGGCCAGGCGCAUCAUUUAAAGAGCUUGUUAGCCAUUCUUAAUCCCAAAAAGAUGCAAAUCUGCCAACGUUUGAUUCAAUAUCAUGAAGCUAAAGGAGAUAAAGUGCUUGUGUACUGCGACCAUAUUGAUGCUCUUAAACUCUACGCUGAAAAAAUUGGUAGACCUCUCAUCUAUGGUGGCACUCCUGCAGACGAUGCUCGUCAACUCUUGGCUAGAUUUCAAAUAGAAGUACCCAAAACAGACGAAAAGCUUACAUGGAACCAACUUGCUGCCCUUAGAACACUCAAGUCUAAACAAAUCAACACCUUGUUUCUCUCACGUAUUGGUGAUACCUCUCUCGAUUUACCCGCAGCAACAGUUCUCAUUCAGGUCUCUUCCCAUUUUGGCUCUCGUCGUCAGGAAGCUCAGCGUCUAGGCCGUGUUCUCCGUGCAAAGAAAAGAAACGAAAAGGGCUUUUAUUCUAGAUUCUAUACACUGGUUACCAAUAAUACACAUGAAGUUCAGUUUUCUGAAAAGCGUCGUCAAUUCUUGGAAGAAGACUGCGGCUAUGGCUAUCAAAUCGUGACGAGAGUAGUCCUAAUGACGAUGAAGUCAAGUCGGAUCCUAUGACAUGUACAAUUCACGGGGCAGGCGAGCGUCCAUAUGCCACAGAUGAAGAAGAGAAAGGAUUAGUGAGCUAUUUGGCAGGACUUAAAAACUUUUUAGUAGAAGAAGAAGAGGAAGAAACUACUACUCCUGUUAAUGCUGGUACCAAAAGAAAAAGAGAUAGCAAAUAAAAAAG